AUGGCUCAUCAUUCGUCAGGGCAGAACUGGCAUUUCAUGUAUUCACACAACGCUAGUGAGCAUUCAGUAUCAAGCUUACUUCCCCCAUUGUAUUGGGACUCUUUCGCAAGUGCUACAGCACCUUCGUCUCAGGACCUCGUGCGCACAGCGCCCUGGCCGAGCCAAGACAAUUCUAUGAUUCCUCUUGACGACUCUAUCGUGGCAUAUCCAUAUCACAGUUCGCUGUCGGAUCCCACCCUAUACUACUGGCCUUUCUGGAGUCCCUGGGAAGCCAGUUACUGGUUUGCCGACUCUCAAGAGUAUUCCAACUGCUACAGUCUUCCUCCCCAAGCUGUUUUGGAAACAACUCCAUUUGCAUUCGUUCAUGACGCCUUACAUCAACAAUCCACUCUACCAUAUAUCCCCAAUGGCAAAGGUUUCGAUGCGGGAGUCGUCGACCUAGGCUUCCUGGCGCCAGAUGAAAGAUACAUUGUCGAAUCGAGGCUGGAAAACAUCAAGUGGAAGUUUAUUCAAGUGGGAUAUGCGAUAUACUGGAAGCCCAUGACCAUAUCUAGACUGGCAAUGAAAUUAAGCAGGAUGCGAGAGAAGCACAAAGUCCUGGAGCAUAUCAUACCAGUGAGGCCGCAUGGAGGGUUGAAAGCUUCAUAG